AUGGCUGAUAUCGAGGACACACACUUUGAGACCGGGGACUCCGGUGCCUCCGCCACCUUUCCUAUGCAGUGCUCUGCUCUGCGCAAGAACGGAUUCGUGAUGCUCAAGGGUCGCCCGUGCAAAAUCGUUGAAAUGUCCACCUCUAAGACUGGCAAACACGGUCACGCCAAAGUUCACUUGGUCGGAAUUGACAUUUUUAACGGCAAGAAAUACGAGGAUAUUUGUCCUUCUACCCACAAUAUGGACGUGCCACACGUGAAGCGUGAGGACUACCAACUGACUGACAUCUCUGACGACGGAUACCUUACUUUGAUGGCUGACAACGGUGACCUCCGUGAGGACCUCAAGAUCCCAGACGGUGACCUCGGAUCGCAGCUGCGCUCCGAUUUCGAUAGUGGCAAAGAGCUCCUUUGCACCGUGCUGAAAUCGUGCGGCGAGGAGUGUGUGAUCGCAGUCAAGGCAAACACAGCUCUCGACAAAUAA